AUUGCCCUCCUUAUGGCCCUGGUGACGGUGCAGCGUUCUCCGACCCCGAGCGCCUCCUCCAGCCCCAGUGUCUCGGAAGUUGGAAGUGAUGAUGAUCGUAGAUUACAGCAACAGAGCCUCAGUGACAGUUUCUUCACAGUAAAGGGUGCAGCACUUUUUCUACAACAGGGAAACAGUCCACAGGUCCCACGAUGUUACCAUCACCACACGUAUGCAGGAGAUCUACAGCUACAUCUUCAAGUGAUGAUCAACCACCUCCGCCCUGAAGACAGGAUAAAGCUGGCUGUACGUUUGGAAAGCAUGUCUGCUGAUCGAAUCCGAUACAUGGUAGUUGUCUAUACUAAUGGACACCAAGAUACAGAAGAGAAUGUUCUUCUGGGAAUUGACUUCGCAAGUAAAGAGAGUAAUACAUGUACUAUAGGAAUGACCCUUCCACUCUGGUGUGACACAAAGAUUCACUUGGAUGGAGAUGGUGGAUUCAGUGUGAGUACGGUGGAUCGCAUUCAUAUCUUCAAGCCAGUUUCUGUACAAGCCAUGUGGUCAGCGCUACAAAUUCUCCACAAGUCCUGCGAGAUAGCGCGUAGGUACAAUUACUACCCAUCAGGAAUUGCUUUGACUUGGACCAGUUACUAUGAGAGCUGCAUUAAUUCAGAGCAAAGUUGUAUUAAUGAAUGGAACACAAUGCAAGACUUGCAUUCCAUGCGGGCUGACUCACCCCCAAUGUUUGCCGAAAAACCAACAGAGAAUGAACUAACCGAACAAUUAAUAAGAAACAGACUAAGAUACAUAAUGAUGAGCAAAGAUUUGGAAAAUGUCACUUCUAAAGAAAUUCGAAAUGAGUUGGAACAGCAGAUGAACUGCAAUCUGAAAGAGUACAAAGGAUUUAUUGAUAAUGAAAUGCUGAUCAUUUUAGGACAAAUGGAUAAAGCUUCCUUAAUAUUUGAUCAUCUUUAUCUGGGUUCAGAGUGGAAUGCUUCAAACUUGGAAGAACUUCAAAGCACAGGUGUUGGUUACAUCUUAAAUGUAACCAGAGAAAUAGAUAACUUCUUUCCAGGAAUGUUCUGCUAUCACAAUGUACGGGUGUUUGACGAAGAUGCUACAGACCUACUGGCAUAUUGGAAUGACACAUAUAACUUCAUAACGAAAGCCAAGAAAAAUCACUCCAAGUGUCUGGUACAUUGCAAAAUGGGUGUUAGCCGGUCUGCAUCAACAGUCAUCGCAUAUGCAAUGAAAGAAUGUAGGUGGUCACUCGAGAAAGCCUACAAAUAUGUGAAGGAGAAACGGAGUGUUGCACAGCCAAAUGCAGGGUUCAUGAGGCAGUUGGCAGAAUAUGAAGGCAUUUUAGAUGCUAGUAAACAUCGACAUAAUAUCUUAUGGCGACGCAACUCUGAAAGCGACUUAGAAGAGACUAUGAGGGAUCCGAUGUUCCAGAGCAGCAAAGCAUCUAUCCAACAAGACUUGAACAGAUGUAAAGCAGGAAUUCAACACACAUCUGGCGAGCAGAAAUACAGUGGUAUUAAGACAUCUCAAAAUGCAGUAGUAGCCAACGAGGUUAAAAGUGAGCCAGUUAAUUCCAAUUACUAUUUCAGGUGUCUGUCAGACCCCAUUACAGAUAGUGCCUACGUCAAACAGCAGAAAGAGCUGGAACAGUUUUCAGGCCGAGUUGACGAUGUGGAAAGGAAUUCAAUUCAGAUGGAUAAUGCAGAUUUCAGGUUCGCAGAAGAUGUUGUCUGUGACACUGGGGUACUUGACUCACCUCAGCUUCUGGAUACUUAUGACGGUGAAAACAGAGUGCUAAGCCAACAGGAAAAUACUUACUUGAUGUUUACAGCAGUGGAGGAAUCAGAAGAGGAAAAUGAGAACACACCGGAUUUUGGUAUGUAUGAUCAAGGUGACCACAUCAUAGUUAAUGGACCUAAUAAAGAAAAUGAUGCAGAGACAGUUGCAAACCUAACAAACAUACUGGAGUCAGAUUCAACGUCAAGUUUUGAAAGUCAACUCAAUAAAGACAAUGUGAACAAUAACAACAACACAACAAGAAAUUAUUUGAAAGAGGAUGAGGAUGUUACUACUACUGAAACCCCCAACAAUGGUAAACCUAUUAAUAAAUUUGCUGCGGAAUGCUCAGACUCUGUAAGUAAUCUUGUGCGUGAGCAAUUUACAGAUCAUCCUAAAAACUUGCAUCAGGAACAGAUAUGUGGUACCAGCACUAAAGACACAAAAGCAACCAAGUCCAGUAUUUUGGGAUAUUUAUCAAAUGUAGCUACAGAUGUACCAAUGACGGAAUUUGACGGAAUUCCCAGUGAGUCAGAACUAUAUCAAGUGACAAGAAAGCCUGUCAAUAGGUCCGAUGCUGUUGACAUAACUGAUGCAAUACUUUUGCAUGGAACUGCAGAAAGAGGUGUAGGUUUAGAAACGAACUGUGAAGGGCAAAAUCAACAGCAAAAAACCAUGGAGGCUUAUCACAACUGCAGAAACGUGGUCAAUGACUUCCACCAUGAAACUUUGGUUCUUGAUGCGAUGACUUCACUGUCUGGUGGACACCAGGACUUGAAACAGUUACCAGUAAUAAGUCCAUGUAUGGGCAGCCAUGACUAUCUAAAAACUUUAAUAGAUUCAAAGACUGGUUUUAUUCAUCCAGACUCUAAAGCUGACAAGCAGCUGCUGCAGCUGCCGGAAUCCAAAAAACAUCAGCCAGAAUAUAAAUUAAGUCAGUUAAAUAGUAAUGUCCUAACUUUGGGAAAUGAGCAGGAUAAUACAGCAGAAAUAAUGGAGCACUCUAAGUUUGUGCUUUCUAUGCCAUCUGUUAGGCAAGCAGUGGAAGAUAAUCAAGUGGUAUCUCCUAGUUGCAGUAGUGAAAAGAUAAGUGUUAAUUCAAUGAAAGAAGUAAAACAACUGAUAUGUAACCAGGAGAUGGAAAGAUCAAAAGUCCAAAGCUACUUAAUGCAGCAUCAAGAAUCUAUCCUUCAGCUUCAGAAAGCUGGGUUGGUAAGAAAACAUACCAAAGAGUUGGAAAGACUAACUUUUCUAAAAUCUCCAAACAAACCACUGCAGAGACAACAUUUUGAAAAUAGAAAAGCUGCACUUGCAGAGAAUGACUCCUUGGAGUUGAUCAUGCAUGAGCCAGUGGUAGACAUUCAGGAUCUAACACAAGCCUACGAAGAUGUGGAGAACAAUGCAUUGCCAGAAACUAGCUGUGAUGAGUUUAAUAUUAUGGAUGGCAUAUUCCAGAAAACAUCUACACCUUAUGUGAAUAAUAGGAGUGGGUCAGGAUUUCUCACUAAAGAUCGCUUGCAGCAAAUCUGUGCAACACUGAUACCAUCUCCUUUAGCUUCAAGCUUGACUCGUAGCUCCAGCAGUGAUAGCCUUCACAGCAUUCAAGGACAGCCUGGUUUAGUUGAGCUCCGGAUACAAGAAAUUGAAGCCAGGAUGCGUCAGGCAGGACUAACUAUUUGUUCAGAAAUGAAGCGGUCGCAUUCCUUAGCCAAACUGGGAAACCUGAACAUAUCUAGUGAGGAUCUGUCAUCCAGGGAGAAAGAAGCUGAAACUUUUGUAAGGUCAAGUCAUGUCAAACUGAUUGAGAGUUUGUUGUUGCCUAAUGCUGUUGCAAAAAUGCAGUGGGAAAGCAGUCUCUGUGGAGAAAUGGAUAUGCAAACAGAACAGGUUUCCUUCAUAAAGCCACAAAAUAAAUCAUUUGAGACUUCCAGUUCUAUAUUGGAACAUAAAACUCUGAAAUUGCCUGAUAUUCAGUGCACAGAUCAAGUUGAACACCCUUGUCAGAUGUUUUCUCCUACCAAAUACAGUAUUAAUGACCCAGAGGUUACACGGCAGCGUAUAGACUUUAGCUCCAUUCCAUCAUUUGGACUAAGCCAGUUCCAUACCCAGAGUGCCAACGAACUCUAUGCCUUGACUUCUCGGGAACAGAAUGUACGAACGCAUCCUAUCUGGAAGCUCAGAAAGCCAUGUGAGAGAAAGAGAACUAGCAAUCCAUUCUAUAAUACCAUGUGAUUUCUUGGCAAGGAAAUGCAUUCCAAUCUUCCUUUUUAAACAUAAAAACCUUAAACCAAAAAUAUUUGAAGUUCUAGCCUAUGUUGGCCAAUCUCUUGUAAUAGCUCAGAAAAUUAUUCAAAAACAAUGUUUUUGGCAGGUAAAGCUCCAUGCUGAUUAGUUUGCUUCUUUAGAAUGA